GUUACGGCACACUUUCGAAAGUUAGCGCCAAGAGCAUGGCUGAGCAGAGGGAAAACGCUUUCCAGAAGCAAGAAAUUAAGGGCAAGAAAGGUGCGAGAUACUAUAAAAGCAUUGGGCUUGGAUACAAAACACCAAAAGAGGCUAUUUUUGGUACUUACAUAGAUAAGAAAUGCCCUUUCACUGGCAAUGUUCGCAUCCGUGGCAGAAUUCUGACAGGGAUUGUGCGUAAAAUGAAAAUGAAUCGGACAAUUGUCAUUAGACGUGAUUACUUGAAGUAUGUCAAAAAGUACAAUCGGUAUGAAAAACGUCACAAGAACAUGUCCGUCCAUCUGUCACCAUGUUUCAGAGAUGUUAAUGUAGGAGAUGUUGUUACCGUUGGUGAGUGCAGACCUCUAAGCAAAACGGUCUCCUUCAAUGUCAUAAAGGUAUCGAAAGCAGCUGGCUCAAAAUACAAGAAGGCUUUCACUAAGUUCUAAUGUUGUAAAAUAAACUUUUGGCAGUCUGACACUUUGUUUUUCGAAGACUAAUGUAUAUUUCCGUAGAUUUAAUAUCCAGACUUGCUUCAUCACGUAUGUGACGUCAACGCUGAACAUGACGGUUCGGAUAUCGACAUCUGUGAUCUUAAAGCUAAUUCUCUAGUACAUGUCGACUAAGCCAGUUGUGAGUGCCUUUAUCCGAUGGUUUAUUGUCGUCUCCUAGUAUUUAAUGAGAAAGAUCAUUACUGUGGUGAUGAACGAAGCGUGUUCAAAGCAAUCUAGCUAUAUCAUAAUAAAGCUG